AGUCAGGGCGAGUUGGAGCCAGCACAACCUCAUCAUCCUCUAGAGGAGAGGAGAGAAGAAAACAGCGAAACGGUGAAUCUCCCCUAGUCCCUUUCAAUCUCCAACCUCUCAUUCUUCACGCAUCUUAUAUUUCUGAAUACCACCGAUUCAUUUGUCCUUAUAAAUAUAUAUAAUCACACGCAAUUGUUGCAUCUUUACCCGAAAGAAUUCAUUGAUCUACGUUUUUUCGUUUCUCAAUAAUCGAUCAGAUCGGGGCGGAUUUCUCCGGUUAUCAGGCUGCUUUGAGCCAUGGCUUCCAAACGAAUCUUGAAGGAGCUCAAGGAUCUGCAGAAAGACCCCCCUACCUCUUGCAGCGCUGGACCCGUUGGUGAAGACAUGUUUCAUUGGCAAGCGACUAUAAUGGGUCCCCCAGACAGUCCUUAUGCAGGGGGAGUGUUUCUGGUUACUAUUCAUUUCCCUCCUGAUUAUCCCUUUAAGCCUCCAAAGGUGGCUUUUAGGACAAAAGUCUUUCAUCCAAAUAUUAAUAGCAAUGGUAGCAUCUGCCUUGACAUCUUGAAAGAGCAGUGGAGCCCUGCCUUGACAAUUUCCAAGGUUUUGCUUUCAAUUUGUUCACUCUUAACCGAUCCAAACCCGGACGACCCAUUGGUCCCGGAGAUCGCCCACAUGUACAAGACGGACAGGGCCAAGUACGAAACGACUGCCAGGAGCUGGACCCAGAAGUACGCGAUGGGGUAACAACAUGACCGUCGCGUGCUGUAAAAAAAAGAUGGAAAUGUCUCAUGGACAACCAUUGCAGUGGACAUUUUGUAAGAAUAUUUGGCUUUCAAAUGAAAAUGGUGCUUUGAAUCUAUUCUGUUUGUACGGUUAUUUGUUAUGUAAAAACAGAACCAAGUAAUUGUCACAAUUCCCCUUCUUGAACUUUGAAAUUUAUUUCUGCUAUGGGUAUUUUUACACACCGGUGCUUUGAGUUGGCAUUUGAAAUCUGAUAUUUUGUGGAAAUAUAGGAUGCUUUUCGUU